GAAAUUGUUCAUAUUAAUUAUCAUUUUUAUACCAAUGUUUUUGCCUGUAUUGUAUUGACAAAGGAUCAAGAUAGAAGUGUAGAUAAGCAUGGAUUAUGAAUGGAAAGCCAAACUGAAUGCAGAAAGAGCCAAAGUUGAGGAUUUAUUUGAAUAUGAAGGUUGUAAAGUUGGCCGAGGAACUUACGGCCAUGUCUACAAAGCUAAGAGAAAAGAUGGGUCUGACAACAAAGAGUAUGCACUCAAGCAAAUAGAAGGCUCAGGCUUGUCCAUGUCAGCAUGCAGAGAAAUAGCUUUACUACGAGAACUGAAGCAUCCUAAUGUAAUAAACCUUCAACGAGUCUUCCUCUCACAUUCUGAUCGAAAAGUCUGGCUGCUUUUUGACUACGCAGAGCACGACUUGUGGCAUAUAAUUAAGUUUAACCGAGCUGCGAAGGCAAACAAACGCACAGUCCCUGUGCCUAAAGGAACUGUCAAGAGUUUGCUCUACCAGAUCUUAGACGGCAUCAGAUACCUGCACUCUAACUGGGUGCUGCACAGAGACCUGAAGCCUGCCAACAUCCUGGUGAUGGGUGAAGGCGUCAUGCGGGGGCGCGUUAAGAUCGCAGACAUGGGCUUCGCUCGUCUCUUCAACUCGCCCCUUAAGCCGCUGGCAGACCUCGACCCUGUCGUGGUUACCUUCUGGUACCGCGCCCCUGAACUGCUGCUCGGCGCCCGGCACUACACCAAGGCUAUUGAUAUAUGGGCGAUUGGUUGCAUUUUUGCCGAGUUGCUGACAUCGGAACCAAUCUUCCACUGUCGGCAAGAAGACAUAAAGACAAGCAACCCAUACCACCAUGACCAGCUAGACAGGAUAUUCAACGUGAUGGGGUUCCCGCAGGAGAAGGACUGGGUGGACAUCAAGAAGAUGCCUGAGCACGGCACUCUCAUGAAGGACUUCAAAAAGAACAACUACACGAACUGCUCGCUCAUCAAGUACAUGGACCGCCACAAGAUCAAGCCUGACAGCAAGGCUUUCUUGCUGCUCCAGAAGCUGCUGACGAUGGACCCCACGAAGCGCAUCACCUCAGAGCAAGCCAUGCAGGACCUCUACUUCCAGGAGGAACCUCCGCACACCUUAGACGUCUUCGCCGGCGGUCAAAUCCCGUACCCCAAGCGGGAGUUCUUAUCAGACGAGGAGCAGGACGAUAAGAGCGAUAAGCGCGGCAGUAAGCCUGGGGCGGCGAGCUCGAGCAGCGCUGGGGACCACGGCCCCCACGGCCCCGCGGCCAAGAGAGUGCGUCUGGGGCCCCACCAGGGCCAGGGCGGGGGCCAGGGGGGCGGUCAGGGCCAGAACUCUGGCGUGUCCAUGGCCCAGCAGCAACAACAACAACAACAAGAGUUCCAGCAACAUAUGUCACAGCGGAACCAUCAUCAGCAGCAGCAACAACAACACCAACAGCAACAACAGCAGCAACAACAACAAAGACAAAUGCAAGCAAAUAGGCAUGGCGGCAGCGGCGGCGGUCACGUACAGACGCAGGGCGGCAUGAUGAACUACGGGACGAACGGUGCACAGCAACAGAACUUCCAGCACCGAUACUGAGCCUCAUCAGUGACUGUAAUGCCUGCAGCAGAACUUCCAGCACCGAUACUGAGCCUCA